GAAAGAGAGGAGGGGAGAGAGAGAGAAAGAAAAAGACAGGGUAGAAAAGAGCUUUGUGCUGAACAUCUCAGACUGUCCUGCUGUAUCUUCCUACUGACCAGAUGAUGUCAUCUGAGGUCUUCCCCCCUGGUUGGCUGCAGCACCUGCUUGUCGUGCUACUGAAGCUUACCCUCUCCUGUGCCUCCCCAGUGAAAGUGGCCAAUGGGACGGCGUGCACGGCACGAGGACCCGCCUCUUACAUUCUAGUAUUUACUGGCCACUGGAGCCCUAUGACGUUCCCGAAGCAGUACCCUUUAUUCCGGCCCCCUGCGCAGUGGUCCAAGCUUGUCGCCGUCACCCAUAAUGAUCAGUACCGGCUGUGGCAGGAGGGAGCGCUGGCGAGUCCUGGCGUGCAGCAUUUUGCUGAGUUGGGUGUAACAAUGGAGCUGGUGAAAGGAGCGAAGGAGGCAAGAAAGAUGAAGGCAGUGGGCUCCAUGUACCGCACGGCCGGGAUUCCCUCUGGCAUCGGCCACAGCUCCACCGAGCUGGUCCUGCACCCCAGGAGCCCACUGCUCUCCUUGAUGGUCAAAGUGAUUCCCAGUCCUGAUUGGUUCGUGGGUGUGGACAGCCUAAACCUGUGCGAGGGGGGGCAGUGGAAACAGGAAGUGACCUUCGACCUGCAUCCGUUUGACGCUGGGACAGACAGCGGCUUUACUUUCUCUUCGCCCAACUUUCCCACGACACCCCCCGAGAACAUCACCAUGAUUACGUCUCAGAAGCCAAACCACCCAGCCAACUCCUUCUAUUACCCACGGCUGCCGGAGCUGCCGCCACUGGCCACCAUAUGGCUGAAGAGACAGACUCGCUUACCUGUCCGUCAACACAACCACGUGUCCAAUCACAUUCUGCCACAUCACACCAAGCCCCAGAAAUUCUCAGAGACGCCGCUGGACUGUGAGGUGUCCCUGUGGUCAUCAUGGGGUCUGUGCGUGGGGCCGUGUUCCCGUGGAGGUCUGCGCCACCGCACCCGCUACAUCCUGCUGAAACCGGCCAACAGUGGUACCCCCUGCCCGGAGCUGGAAGAACAGGCUGAGUGCAUGCCACACAACUGCUUGGCACAGCAGUGAUGCCUGUCUCAGCGCUGGCACAGACACUCUGACCCUGUCCAGAAUGAGGGCCGCUUUGAGACGCAUGCCAUUGCUAAGUCAAAGCCACAGAAAGGCAGAGGUCACCGCGAAGGGUGGCCCGACGCACCGGCCUGCCUGGAAAAGAACGGCUUGUUUAUUCUGUUCAUAGAGAGACUUUGAUCAUAGCUACUGCAUUUACAGUAAGCGCAGUGUAUCGACAAAUAAUCAUACAUACAUCGUGUUUUGCAGCCACAGUUAUUAAGGAAAUUGUUUUAUUUUUCAGUAGCCAACUUUUCACAUGUCAAAUGUAGGCUAUGUUGAAAUUAAUUUAGUGUUAAUUUCAUUUAACAAAGCACCGAGACAAAAGUUCUUUAGUUGUGGAAUGAAUUGAUCAAUAGUGCUCUCCAGCAGUGGACCUACAAGAAGCCCAUUGCAACUGAAAUCUUACAUUUGGAAAGAUACGAUGGGUUGUUUUUAUUAGACUGACAAUCUGAACCAUGUCUAAGUUCAGUUUGACUACGUAAUCCUAUAUAUUGUAUUUGUUCCCUCCUUAGGGACCUUUUGUAGAGUUGUAUAUAUCUUUUUUGUCAAUUCCUUUAAUAAAUGUGGGGUUGUUUUCCUUAA